GUAAUUUUAUAUUUUUUAUCUGACAGUAUAUUUUUCUAUUUAAAUAGAAUAAAAAUAUCUGUUAAAAUAUUUAUAUAACAGUCUUGGAAAACCGCUGCGAAGGUAUUUAAAGAAAGAAUAUAUGCCUAACCUACCGAUAUAAUAUAAACAACUGCAAUUAACACAUUCAAAAUGAGGAGUCGUAGUAAUUCUGGUGUUCGCUUGGAUUACUAUCAACGAAUUGUUCAUAAAAUUAUUAUGGACCAUCAAAAUGCAGUCACAGGUCUUUUCCCUGCGAGUCCUGAGAAUGAUCAUGCCUGGGUGCGUGAUAAUAUAUAUUGUAUUCUCGCUGUAUGGGGGCUUUCCAUGGCAUAUAAAAAAAUAGCUGAUGCAGACGAAGAUAGGGCAAAAACUUACGAACUGGAACAAAGUUGUGUGAAACUAAUGAGAGGUUUAUUAAUGGCAAUGAUGCAACAAAAAGAAAAAGUUGAAAAGUUUAAGUCCAGUCAAAAUCCACAUGAUGCUUUGCAUGCCAAGUAUAGUUCUGUCAAUGGGCAAAGUGUUGUUGGCGAUACAGAAUGGGGGCACCUUCAAAUAGAUGCCAUUUCGCUUUAUUUACUUGUUUUAGCGCAAAUGACAGCUUCUGGCUUACAAAUUGUUUUCAAUUUAGAUGAGGUAGCAUUUAUUCAGAAUUUAGUAUUUUAUAUUGAGUCGGCUUAUUGCACUCCUGACUAUGGAGUCUGGGAGAGAGGAGAUAAAACAAAUCAUGGCUUACCUGAACUAAAUGCUAGCAGUAUUGGAAUGGCUAAGGCAGCAAUGGAAGCAAUGAAUGAACUAGAUUUGUUUGGUGCAAGAGGUGGACCAACUUCAGUAAUUCAUGUAUUAGCUGAUGAAGCACAAAAAUGUCAAGCAGUUUUACAGUCCAUGUUACCACGUGAAUCAAACUCAAAAGAAUUAGACAGUGGAUUGUUACCUAUUAUAAGUUUUCCAGCAUUUGCUGUGGAUGAACCUAAUCUAAUUCAAUUAACAAGAGACACUAUUACUAGGAAACUGCAAGGUCGUUAUGGAUGUAAAAGGUUUUUAAGAGAUGGAUAUAAAACUGCAAAAGAGGAUCCAAACAGGCUUUAUUAUGAACCAUGGGAACUGCGUAUGUUUGAAAAUAUAGAAUGCGAAUGGCCUUUAUUCUUUUGUUAUUUAAUUGUGGAUUACUGCUUCCAAGGAAAUCAAGAGGCAGUAGAAGAAUACACGAAACAGUUAGAAGACAUAAUGAUCAAGGCUGAUGAUGGAAUCAAAUUAGUACCUGAAUUAUACUCUGUAGAAGCUGCAAAUGUAUCAGCAGAAUAUGCUGAACCAGGUAGUCAAAAACGAAUUGCGUUAGGUAGAUGUCCAUUUAUGUGGGCGCAGUCUCUUUACAUUUUAGGAAAAUUAUUGCAAGAAGGUUUCCUAGCUGUGGGAGAAUUAGAUCCAUUGAAUAGACGCUUAUGUAGCGAAAAAAAACCAGAUGUUGUUGUGCAAGUUGUAAUACUGGCAGAGGAUGCAGAAAUUAGAGAAAAAAUUGCCCAACACGAUAUCCAUGUUCAAACGAUUGCGGAGGUGGCUCCCAUAGAAGUGCAACCCGCAAAAGUACUCAGUCAUUUGUAUACUUACUUAGGCCGCAAUAAGAAAUUAGGUCUGUCUGGCCGUAAAUCAAGAGACGUAGGAAUUUUGAGCACCAGUAAAUUAUAUGCACUGAACGAUAAAAUAUUUGCGUUCACGCCACAGUUGACAGACAUGACCCGCUUCUACAUCGCAUCGGACUAUGAGCUCAUGAUUGACAUAUUCAAAGGCGAAAUUAAUUUCUUGAAGUCUAGCUGGCAGAACAUGUUAGGCCGUCCUCUUGUGGUCAUGCCCCUCAAGAACAUUCAUCUAGAUCAAGGAAAAAUACCGCUGGCAAUGAUAACUACUAUGAAAAAGCUAAAGAGCGGUUACAUUAAUGGCACCCGAGUUUCAUUGGGCAAUAUGAACGAUUUUUUGAGUACUUCCUGCAUUACGAAUUUAAGUUUCUUAGGAAGUUCUGAAGAUGGAAAACCAGAUAAAUUAAAUCCUCAGGUUCAGCAAUAUCUGGAAGAACAUUUGAUGCGCGCAUUCCCACAUCGUACCGGUCUUCUGAACAGACCGGUAAUUCGAAGUGCAAAGAAUUUAAAACGUAAAAUGUCUGUAAAAGGUGCCAUAAAGAAAACAAGAUCGAUUGCCGUGGAACCUAUGAUUCCUACCAUCCUCCAAGAAUCUGAAAUUCUUGGAAUGGCAGGGGAGGAACGAAGGCCUUCGACUAUUUUAAAUACCAAUCCGUUUAUUGAAGUGACAGAUACAACAUUAUCUCCUAAUUCCACACAAUCAGCUCCCGUAGACCGUACACCAUCGCCCACGGAUGAAAUUUUGUCUUGGACAAAUAGUACAAGGCUACACCGACACAGAGGUUUAUGUGAAACUCAGUAUGCAGACACAGAAGUUGAAGAGUUAUUAUCUAUGCUCAGAGAAACUGAAAGUUUGGAAGAACAAGGAGAUAUUCUACAGUAUCUCGUGGAUUCGCAAGGUCUCUAUUUCAAUACUGGCAUGUUAGAAGAAGGUCAUCCAGUUUUAAUCAAAGAUUUACUGAAAGAUCUUUAUGAGAAAGCUUGUCAACAAAAAAUGUGGGGAAUUGUACGUCACACAGCUGGAAUGUUAGGAAAGAGGGUCGAGGAUUUAGCUAAGGCAGUCACGGAUUUAUUAGUUCGACAGAAACAAGUUACAGUUGGAAUGCCGCCCACCAAUGAGCAUACUAUUGUAGCACCAUUACCUGAGAACGAGUUACGAGUAUUAAUCCAUCAGGCAUAUGGAGACGAUGAAUCCACUGCUAUGUUAACGCAGGAAUUACUUGUUUAUCUAGCGAUGUUUAUUAGAACGGAACCGCAAUUGUUUCAUGAAAUGCUCAGGCUUAGAGUAGGUUUAAUUAUCCAAGUAAUGGCUACUGAAUUAUCCAGAACUCUAAUAUGUACCGGAGAAGAAGCAUCUGAACAUCUACUGAAUUUAUCUCCGUUCGAAAUGAAGAAUCUUUUGCAUCAUAUUAUGAGUGGGAAAGAGUUCGCAAUAAGUAGCGUUGGCCGAGGUAACUUCUCCGUUAUUAGCUGCAAGUCUAGCAGAGUCAGCAAGAAAUCACAAAUUGGGGGUUUCUUGAGCCCUGACCAAACCGAUGGCAGUGAAACAGAGCCAGAUAGGCAAGGUCAAUGGUUACGUCGGCGAAGACUAGACGGAGCAUUAAAUAGGGUGCCACGAGAUUUUUAUCCUCGCGUAUGGCAAGUUUUGGAACGUUGCCAAGGCUUAGCAAUCGAAGGUAGAGUGCUACCUCAAAAUCUUACACAGGAAAUGACACCCGGGGAACUGAAGUUCGCUUUGGCAGUAGAAACUGUCCUAAAUACUAUACCUCAACCAGAGUAUCGUCAGUUGGUAGUUGAAGCUUUAAUGGUAUUAACUUUGGUAACUGAAUAUAACGUGGUUUCGUCACUGGGCGGAUUGAUUACCGUCGAGCAAUUAGUUCAUAAAGCUAAUGCUAUCUUCUUAGAUGAUCAGAUGAAGAUUGAUGGAGAUGCAACUUUAUGCUGUGCUAAACCGAAAGACCAACGGGAAACAAAUGCAAUGGGAAAUCUUCUUUGUGGUGGAGCAGCAUAUGUUUGUCAACACUUUUAUGAUAGUGCUCCAAGUGGUAGUUUCGGAACAAUGACAUACAUCACGCGGGCCAUAGCUUCUUCGUUAAAUUGUUUACCAAAGGAUGGCGAAUUUGAAUGUUCAAUAUCAUAGUUAUAUUUAUUUCUUAGAGAUAAGAAAAGUUUUAGUUUACAUUACAUCCAAAUGUCUUUUCAUAAAUGAUUUAUUAGUUAAUCAUUAUUUAGCUUUUGUGUGAAGUAUAAGUUGCCGCGAAUGCGAAGAAAUUUUGUUGCUAAAACUUGCAAGUUGCUAAAAGUUCCGAUAUUAACUAUCAAAUGGAGUUCAGUAAAGAUUUUGAAGAUUUUCUAUACAGAAAUCUUUGUAAUAUGUUAAAUAUGAAAGGAAAAAGCGAUUAUUCAUUUAUGAAGUUUAUUUUUCCUAUGUAAUGACAACAUAAAUCUUUCACUUGGUUUUGCUAGUUUUGGCAAAAGGAUUCAAUUUCGUCAUCCAAGACGAAGUUCUGCAAUAAUGAUUUAAAAUAAAAUGAUUGAAAUUUCAAAUAAAACACUGCUACAAUAUUUACAUACCCUUGUGAUGGAACAUCUACAUCUUCUACUUCUUUGAUGUUUGCUUCUUUAAGUUUUGCAAUUAAUUCAGAUCUAUACUGUAUUUUCAAGGGCUUUAUCUCCUUUUUCUGCUCUUGCAAUUUUAACCAUUUGAAACAUGCUUCUCUAAAUGUUAACCCAUACCAUUCGAUUUCUUCUCGUGUAUACUAAAAAUGAAUAGAAAUAAAAUACUUAUAGUUAGUAAUA